AUGCCUAAAUUCCAGUACCUUAUCUGUGAGGUGGGUCGGGUGUGUGCAUUUCCUGUUUCAUAUAUAAGACCUCCACAGUUUGAGCUGAACACAACUCCAACAGCAACAACAGGCAAGAUGACCAGUCUUUCUGCAAAGGACAAGAACACAGUCAAAGCCUUCUGGGCUAAAGUGGCUGGUAAGGAGGAACAAAUCGGCUGUGAUGCUGUCUCCAGGAUGCUGACAGUGUACCCCCAGACCAAGACUUACUUCUCCCACUGGAAGGACCUGCGCCCCGGCUCUGCCCCGGUGAAGAAGCACGGAGCAACCGUGAUGGCUGCAGUUACUGAUGCUGUCAGCAAAAUUGACGAUCUGACCGGAGCUCUUCUGAGCCUCAGUGAGCUGCAUGCCUUCACUCUGAGAGUGGACCCUGCUAACUUCAAGGUUCUGUCUCACAACCUCCUCGUGGUCCUGUCCACCAUGUUCCCCGAGGACUUCACCCCUGAGGUCCAUGUGGCUGUGGACAAGUUCCUGGCUGCUGUUGCUCUCGCCCUGUCUGAGAAAUACAGAUAAACUGCAUUAUGUGCUCGAGUACUCACUGACAGUCUCACAUGUAAUAAAAGAUCCAAUGCAAUUAAA